AGAUGUACGUGUGCGUGCGCUCGUUUCUCUCUCACUCACGUUUCCAGUAUGUAAUGGAAUUAAGCUCGGUAGACCUUAGCAGUACAUUCGCACUACUCCAAGGAGGAAGUCAUUUGAUUUUUCUGAGAAAUGCAUAGCCAUACUUACCUUGCUGUGUAGGUAAGAUAUGUGUCUUCUUUUAAGACUCACAUAUUAACGUGUUGUUUUGUGUGUUGAUUUAUUUGUUCUGCAGUCGAGUAUGAGCUGACACUUUAAUAAGGUUUGUUAGAUUUUGUUGAACUCUAUUUUCUUAUCGUAUUUUUUUUUCUACUUUUUGACUUUUUUCAUUUCCCUUUUUAACAAUCGGAUGUCAGAGAAAACUUGGUCAGGGGAUUGUCAAGAAGGUUAAAGUGUAUGCUUAUUUUCUCUUUUAAAAGACUAAGUUCUGUGUACUAAAAUGUGACAUUUCAUGCAACUACGGUUUCGUCUAAAAAGAAGUUUCCCCCUCACUCUCUAAUCUCUCGUUUCUUUAUGAAUGUUUUUCUCUAGAAACAGCCUCCUGUUAUAUUUUAAAUGGAGAUGUCAUGUGUUAAUUUUCCAAAGUCAGUGGCUACAAUGACAACUCGUCGAGAGUUAAAGGCCGAUAUCUCUGCAAAUCUUUAGACACUGAGUCGCCUUCGUUGAUGGUUGGGAAGGAGCCACUCAAUUUGUUUUAAUUAAUACCGUUUCCUCUGCAUCAUGAGAAGCAAGUGUGGGACUUCAGCAGAGGUCGCGUUAAACAUUUACAAAAAAUACUUAACAAAAAAUACUUAACACAUAACUAUUAGAAUAUCUUCCAGUUAGUUUUAAUUGUUUGAAAAGUGCGACUCUAUUUGUAUGUGCGUGUGGGUGCUUGCAUGCCUGAGAGAUGUAACUAAAAGGUAUAAAAAAGGUAUAAAAAAGCCUAGUGUUUACUAUCCUUUCCAACUAGCAGAGCUUCAUCUUAAGUUGUUAUUUACAGUUAUGUCUAGGUCAUCCAUCAAGUCAACCGUUCCUUAGAGCAUGCAAACAGCUUUCUGUUGAACCAACGGAAGUGAGAUUGUGUCUGGGCAGCAUCAUCCAGCACGAUCGCUGAUGAAAAUGAUGCCGGACGGCAGGCAAUCACAGAAUCUGCUGAUAAUGUGAAAAAGAGGAGAAGAGAAGGAGACAGGAAGCUUGGUGGAACAUUGUCAGAGGUCAAAGGGGAGCCCAUCACUCCAUGUGAGAGAUUCUGUUGUUGAUAUGGCGACACAAAGCACCAGUGGUGAUAACAAUAAUAAGCAGCGCAAGAACAAGGUGGUUAAUGACCCAGUUCAUGGCCACAUAGAACUUCAUCCUCUUUGCAUCGCCAUCAUCGACACUCCUCAGUUCCAAAGAUUGAGGUACCUGAAACAGCUGGGAACUUGUGAUUUUGUCUAUCCUGCCGCAGUUCAUACCCGCUUUGAACACUCAAUUGGAGUAUACCAUCUUGCUGGGAUGCUGAUUAAAAGUUUACAGGAGAGACAAGAAGAGCUCAACAUCACUGAGAAAGACGUGUUGUGCGUACAGAUUGCGGGCCUUUGUCACGACCUGGGUCACGGCCCCUUCUCGCACAUGUUUGACAGCGUUUUCAUUCCGUCGGUCACUAACACCAGAGAAUGGAAACACGAAAAAGGAUCUGUUGCCAUGUUUAAACACAUGUACAAUGAUCAUUUCAACAAUCUGGCCAGCAAGUUUGAGGCGUUUGGUCUUAAUGAGACUGAUCGCAUUUUCAUCGAGGAACAAAUCGGUGGUGUUCUCGGUGAAGAAAACGGUACAUGGCCAUAUAAAGGAAGAGGACAGGAACAAGCUUUCCUAUAUGAUAUUGUGGCAAACAAGAGAAAUGGCAUAGAUGUUGACAAAUGGGACUACAUCAGUCGGGACUGUCUCCAUCUUGGGAUGAAGAGCAACUUUGACCAUCUUCGCUUCAUUCAUUUUGCUCGAGUGAUUCGUGUGGGCAAAGUGACUCAGAUAAGCCUUCGAGAUAAAGAGGCGUAUGGAAUUUAUCAGAUGUACCAGACCCGCUACUUCGUUCACAAAAUGGCUUGCCAACACAGAGUAACCAGUUCUAUAGGUCUCAUGAUCGCAGAAGCAAUGAAAGAGGCCAACAAUGUAAUAAGGAUGCCCAAAGCAGAAGGAAUGGUUAAGAUGUCAGACUGUAUCAAGGAUGAGAACAUGGAUGCCUACAUGAAUCUGACAGACGAGAUCAUCCGUCAGAUCCUCCUGAACCCUGACCCUCGUCUCGAGAAAGCACGACAGCUUGUGCGAGAUGUGUGGCGCCGGAAGCUGUACAUAUGUGUUGUUGAGAGUACACCCAUUCAAGGCAGAAGAUUUGCCCAAGAACAGAAAGAUGAAAUCCUAUCUGAUAUACUCCGUUUUCUGGAACCGGGUUUUCUCCAGAACCAGAAGGAAAGAUUUGUCGUUGAGCUAGUGGACUUUAGUUUUGGGACAAAAAACCACCCUAUAGAGAACAUGUAUUUCUAUUCUAAAUUGAGUCCCGACGUCGGCAAACAUAUUUCUCCAGAUAAGAUUACUCACUGGGUACCUAAAAAUUGCGAAGAGCAAAUUGUUCGGGUAUUCUUAAAACCCAGUGAGUCCGACGCUCAAGGAGAUAAAGAGAAAUGUGAAAAACUUGGCACGGCCUUCCGUGCAUGGUUUAGAGAAACUAUACCGGAGGAACCAUCGACUCAAAAAGUCGACUGCUCUUCUCAGACGGAUUUUACCGAUCUCGACCUCACAGCGGCUGACUCUUCAAAGAUGUAUCAUCCAGACUAAAAAAACAUUAGUAACAUCACAGCCUCUUCUCGCCGAUACAUUUAAACAGAGCACUAAAUUAUUUAUUCUCUGGACUUUUUGACACAAGGUUUUAAAUAAUGUUAACGUUAUAAUGAAUAACAAAAUAAAUGUAUAGUUUCUAUUUUCUUUCUUUGAACUCCUCCCAGAUAAGAACAAUAUGAUCUUUUAUGUGUACGCAUUUCAUUAAAUAAAUAAGCAUUGACACCUGUGCCAUUCCAUGCUACAUUUCUAUAUCUCAGUUACGAUAAAAAUCACAUUACAAGAGUGUAUGUUGAUGAUGAAAAUAAUACCACAAAAUCUCUUGAAAAGGGUAAUACUGCUUUUUUUGUCUAAAAUGGGACAAUGAUGUAUAUAGAGGUUUGUUCAUAUACAUUUUUAAAAGCUUUGCUGUAAAGUACAUUCACUCAUCAAGGAUUUAAGAUAUUCACAGACAUAUUAUGGUCGUUAAUGUUUGUUCCCUGAUUCCUCUUUGUGUCUUCUAUGCUUGUUUUUUAUUACUUGUCUGCAUAGUUGUUUCUCAUUCCGUCCUUCGUAUGCGCAUACUCCUUUGUGACUGUGAUUAUGCAUUAUUUAAAUCACACGUUUAUUUAUCAUUACUAUUGCUUUCAAGACUUUUAGUGAUUUUUAAAAUUAUUUAUUAUGUAUGUGGAGCAUAUCUGCGGGGAUGUAUGACCCUGUCCAAACAGUGGCGUCUGCAAGUUGGGUAUCAGUGUGAUUGGUACUGUGGAACAAGCGGUGGCCACCAUCGAGUCAAAUCCCGAGUGUAAUAUUACUUGGCAAAUAAACAAAUUCUUCUUCCUAAAUAAGGAACGUAACCAACAGUACGACAAUCACGAUUAAAUCCUUUUUUCUCAGGAUACUUGCUGCUCUAGCUAUUAUUUUAUUUUGUUUAUUUAACCAAAUUUUGCUGUUCUCAAUUUUGACAUUGUCAAAUUUCUAGUGUCUUCCGUGGGUAUUGACGAGUAAAGCGCACUUGUGAGUGUGUGUUAGAAUGUAUGUAAUUGAGGGAGUGUGCUUUUUGUGCAUAUAGGUGUUAGUGAUUAUGUGAAUGUUGAUGUGUGAAGGGAUGUUUUAAUCAUAGAGAUUGUUUCUGGGGUGAACGUGUACGAGACAAAGUGUAUGUGUAUGCGUAUGUGGGUGAGGGUGGGUGAGGGAGAGAGAAGAGGUGCGCGUGCGUGUGUGCAUGUGUGUGCUCGUGAGUUAUAAACUGGCUGUGUGCUGUUAUGUUUCUUCAAGCUCCUCUUGGAGUCUAUUCAAGCUUAAAUAUCGUAUUAAAAAGUCGAGAAAGUCUCUCUUUCUUUUAACAAAA